UGAUGAGGAAAAGUUGGUGAUUGCCGCAGAAUUUGCUAAAAAUGAUUUUCUAAAUGUAAUUGGUGCAAUUGACGGUUGCCACAUUCGAAUAGAUAAACCGAUAGAGGAUCCAAAUUCAUAUAUGAACCGAAAAGGAUUUUAUUCAAUUCAUAUUCAGGCAGUUUGUGAUGACCAAAAGAAAAUUAUAGAUGUGUGCAUUGGAAAUCCUGGUUCUGUUCAUGAUGCCAGAAUAUUUCGAAAAUCAAAAUUGGGCUCAAAUUUAAUUCAAAAAUGUGGACAUUUUAUUUUAUUAGGAGAUAAUGGCUACCCACUAAAUGCAAAUUUGAUGACACCUUAUAAAAAUACUCAUGGCCUUACAGUAAUUCAGAAAAAUUUUAAUAAAAAACUCAGCAGUAAUCGAAUUAAAAUUGAGCAUACAUUUGGCAUGCUAAAACAAAAGUUCAAACAACUAUAUCAUUUAAAACUAAGAAAUAUAACUCUUAUUUCUCACUUUAUAAGAGCUUGCUGCGUUCUAUAUAAUAUGAGUCUCACUGAUGAAUUUGAAUAUUUGCAAAUGGAAGAUGAAAAUAAUGAGACAUCAGAUGAUGUGGCAGAUUCUGAUCCUUAUUCAACAGAUGCUUCAAUAUUACGGGAUCAAAUUGCAGCUAAUUUACCAUUAUAG